GGUUGAACCUUGAAAGAAAUGGCUGAAGGUGGAGAAGAGGACUUGCCAAGGGAUGCAAAGAUUGUCAAAACGUUGCUAAAAUCAAUGGGUGUUGAUGACUACGAGCCUCGAGUUGUGCAACAAUUUUUGGAACUGUGGUAUCGCUAUGUUGUUGAUGUACUGACGGAUGCUCAAGUCUACUCAGAGCAUGCAGGGAAGGCUUCCAUUGACUCUGAUGACAUCAAGCUUGCCAUUCAGUCAAAAGUUAAUUUCAGCUUCUCACAACCCCCGCCGCGUGAGGUCCUACUGGAGUUGGCUAGGAACAGAAACAAGAUUCCGUUGCCGAAAUCAAUUGCUGGGUCUGGAGUACCACUCCCUCCUGAACAAGAUACAUUGAUCAACCCUAACUAUCAGCUAGCUAUUGCAAAGAAGCAAACUAGCCAACCAGAAGAAACAGAGGAGGACGAAGAAAGCGCUGAUCCCAACCCAGCUCCAAGCAAAAAUCCAAGUCUUUCUCAUGAAAAGACAGACGUACCUCAAGGUACUCCUCAACGAGUAUCCUUUCCCCUUGGCGCUAACGUCCAAGAUGAUGUCUUAUGUUUGAUCAGCUUUAGUCACAAGAGCCUUUGUAACCGUCUGCCUAUGUAUAAUCAAAAGCAUUGUAUAAUUGUUGUUUAAACAUGAAGUAUGAAACUUUAAGAUCCUUUUGUAACAGUGAGUAUCAGUUUAAAUGCUCCUCCUUCCAGUAUUUAUUUAUUAGACACAAUUAGCAGAGAGUUGAGCUGUGAAAUGAAGAAUUACUUUGGCAUUAUCAA